GUAUUUGCGCCAGCCCCUUCGUGCUAGACAGGUGGUCGAAUAGCCAUUGACCAUUACUUUACUUGUCACUUUAUAAAUUAAGUUUCCGCUGCUUGAUUGAUUCCUUGAUCAUCCAAACGAUAGGCAACAGCUGCUUUCGUAGGGUGCACUAAACCAUAUAGAGCUUAUAUCGUACCGUAUCGCCUUAGGAUAAGUCAUUUAUUGAAGAGCCAUCGCCGUAAGAGGACGGGCGAAACUUAACGGUGUGUAUGUACAAUAAAGUAUGAAGCCUGAAGAAGAUACCUUAUCGGGUGAUACAACACAAUUGCUGAGAGAUAUACUUCAAAGUAAAGAUAGGAAAGAGUUAGAGAAUAACAACACCAUUAAAAGUUAUUGCGUAGUAGAAGAUCGUGAAAAUUCUGAAAUGAUUUCCUCCAUGCUACGUGCUAAAUCAAAUACUAGUGCUGCUAAUUCCGACAAUGAUAACUGGUCUGUGAAUGCAGACAACUAUUCGGUAGACGAUAGUGACAUUGACGUCGAUACAGAAGAACAAAUAAAUAACUCAGAGAUAGCAACCACACAAGGUUCCCCGGAAGCAAACGAUGAUAUCCAAAAUGGACUUUCUGGCGACACAGAACAGGACAGUAAGGAAGCAAAGAGGGCGAGGGUAGAAAACAUUAUCACUAGUAUGAGACCAAUGUCUCAAAUUAAUUGUGACGAAAUUAACCGGUCAUCGCCAGAAAUCAAGCGCCAGAAAAGAAAACAGUACCAGCCCCAACAACAUGAUGUGAAAAACUUCGGCGAUCCCGAAACAAAGUAUCGUAAAGUUGAGAGGGCAGCAUUGCAAGAACACAUUCAACAACUCCAAAAUCAACUACGAGUCGUCAAACAAAAAUGUGAUGAUCUAUGUGAAGAUGAACAACAAUUACAUAGUGCUCAUUCUGAUGGACUUCUUCAUGGUUAUUCGGAAAAUAAUGAACAUCUCAGCCAUGGCUGCAAAAUUGAGAAGGAAAACUGCGUCAAAGAAAAUGGAUACGAUAUCAUAAGAAACACAUGUAGAAAUGAAUGGGAUCCAAGUCAUUUCAUUCGACAGGCUAGUAAACUGGUCCAAGAACAAGAAGUUUUAAGCAAGAGCUCGGGUAAAAAAACAGAUACUGCCCAAUCUCCUGAUAUACAUGCUUUAGCUAACUCUAUAAAAACUGAAAUAGUUGAGGCUAUAAAUAAAGUGGUAGAUAAUGCUGUUAAUAAACUAUUGGAAAAAAAUACACUUCCUCAAAACAAAGUCAGUGACACCAUUACUAAUGGUGUAUCAGUCGAUUCUGUGAAAGAGACAUUGUCCGCCGCUAAAUUAGAACGAAAAGCGGAAGUGACAUCAUCCUCAUUGAGUGAGCAGUCAUCUGAAUUUAGACAUAGUAUAUCUAGCCGCCUGUCAGAUAAAAUAAGUGCUUUUGAACCUCUUCACAGAAAUGAUAAUGACUUUCCUCGAAUUUCCGUGAGUAAUCAAUCAACCUUGCCAUUCCAUCAUCCGUUUCCAUACUACCUGCCUGCCCAAGUCAUGGGUCCAAUGUAUGCUACUGAGCCAGAACAGACGGAAGCACUACCUCUUAUUGUCAGCACACCCAAAAAGAAGCGAACAAAGGUAACAGAUACCAGAUUGUCGCCACGUGCCAAAUCGGCAUUACUCCAGGAUAGUUUCAUGCCAUCACAACUUUCUCUGGAUCACGAUCGUCCAUCUAUGAUGUCUUCAUUUCCACAUCUUUUUCCACCUAUGCUGCCUACAAGUGUUGCCAUUCCCAAUCCUAGUCUAACCCACUCAGAUAUUAUGUCGUUUGGCAUGAGGGAACACAACUUCUGGGAGUCCAGAAUGAUGAACCAGUCACCACCUCACUCUGACAGAGUUUCUCCCAAGUCACCAGCUGAUAGCUACAGUAGUUUCAGAAAGAGUGAUAUUUUUGACAACUCGCAAGAUAUGAAUGAUGGUAGUCAUCAAGGCCAA